UAUAGACAGGUCAAUAGGAAGGCGGGCGGAAGCGGAACUGUCCUGACGUCACUUCCUGGGCCCUUUUUUCGUACCGAGCUGUGGCGGGCGCACGUGCAGCCCGCGGGUAAUUUUUGUUCCUUGCAGCCGCCGUCGCCUCCGUGGCUGCGUUGCUAUGAGUUUGCCUCUUAAUCCAAAGCCCUUUCUAAAUGGGCUGACUGGGAAGCCUGUGAUGGUGAAACUGAAGUGGGGAAUGGAAUAUAAGGGCUACCUCGUCUCUGUUGAUGGCUACAUGAACAUGCAGCUUGCAAAUACAGAAGAGUACAUUGAUGGUGCACUGUCGGGACACCUUGGUGAAGUUCUGAUAAGAUGCAAUAAUGUCCUUUACAUAAGAGGUGUGGAAGAAGAAGAAGAAGAUGGAGAAAUGAGAGAAUAACUAUUUUUGGAAAAGAAGAAUAAAAAAGAUCUUGUGAAUUUUUUCAUAAAGUUUUUUGUUUCUUGUAACAAUCUUGCUGAAGAAAAAAAAUAAAUACUGUUGGGAAAGGAAAGUAUUACUAUACAAAAUAAAAAUGCUACUUCUGA